GUUCUGAAACAACAUGGCCAAGACUUUCUCGUGGGCAACAAAUUCAGCUGGGCAGAUGUUCAGCUAAUCGAAGCCAUUUUAACAGCGGAGGAGAACAUACCUGCUGUGCUGUCGGGGUUUCCUCAGUUGCAGGCUUUUAAAAUAAGAAUCAGCAAUAUGCCUACAAUUAAGAAGUUCCUGCAGCCUGGCAGCCCAAGGAAACCUCCACCAGAUGAAUGUUAUGUAGAAACCGUGUUGAAGAUUUUUAAGAUAUGA